AUGGACAAACUCAAGGAAUCAAGUGUGUUAAAUUCACUUUUCUUCAAUCUUUUAGGUUUUAAUACACCUGUAGUGUAUGUUGAAAAUAAUAUGAGAGAUGAUGUUGAUUUCCUUCAAAAAGAGGUCAAAGUAUCUUUAUCUGACCAGUUUGAGACCACAGUUAAACCAUUUCAAUUUCUAAUUACAAAAAUUAGAGAAUUCUAUGAUUUUGAUAUGUUCAAUCCUUUUAUUAGUGCUUAUUUUAAAAAGAUUGUUGUUCUUAAAGAAUCAGUUAGUUCAAUAGAAGAAUUAUAUAUUCAUUUGCAGGAGGAUAUUGAAAUUUUCAAAGAAUUAAAUAAGAUUAAACAUUAUUUAAGACAAAACAAUUCCGACAUAUACAUAUCACACACUAAUCUUUUUAGAUUAGAAUCAGUUGAAAAGUCUGAUUUUCAAGAUUAUAAUUUUGAUUCAAAGUAUAUUUCUGAAUUUUUAAUUGACGUUUCCAGAACAUCAAAUGUUUAUUUACAUUUUUGGAAUAAAAAUAAGAAUGCAUUAUCAAAGCAUUUGUUUGAUUGGAUUAACUAUGCUAAGAAAUCACCAUUAAUACAAGAACAGGAAUAUAAUGAAUUUUCUAAAUGUUAUUGGGAUGAUUUGUUUGUUUUUAAUAGUAAAUCAAUACCAAAUGAAGAUGUGGAAGAAAUAUUAACAUGCGGUAAAAUAGUUAAUAUAAUAAGAGUCUUAUUUGAAAUUGAAAUAGUAACUAAUACUGAUAAUCCAUUUGAUAGUGGGUUUUUAAGUAAUAAAAACAUUGAAAUUAUAAAAUACAACAGAAUAGUUAGUUAUAAUGAUUUUUUCUUAAGGCCUAUUGAUUAUGACAAGUUUACAAUAAGAGGUAGAAGAUAUGAUUUAGAAAUGAGAUUUGCUGCUUUAUACUCUGAAAAAAUUGAAAGAGAGAUCAAUAUUUUGUAUGAUGUUCUGUUUCUAAGAUCAUAUUUACUUUAUAAGGAUAUAUUUGAUCAGAUUACUAAUAGUGAAUUUAUGGAUCAAAAAAAGUUUAGAGAAUUAAUCAAAGGAUUCUCUAAUUCUAAUUUAUAUUCUUUUAAUUCACAAGUAAGUUCACUUUCAGUUUAUUUACUUAAACUUUUAAACUGUCAAAAUAAAACACCUACUGAUGAGUUAUUUAAAAAUCCUAUUGAAGGAUUAGCAGUUGAUUUUCAUCCUAAAUAUCUACGUUACUUUAUUUCACCAAAAAUAUUUACAGAGCUUGGAAUAAUAAACAGGUUCCUUGUAAAUAUCUUCUUUGUUUCACAGAAACUCGAAGAUUACCUUUUAAAUGACACAUCUGUUAAAUCAUUCUCAAAACUUGUUUAUUUAUUGUUAAAUCAAAUUAAAUCAACUGAAAUUACAAGAAUUAACUUUACAGACAUCUUAGAAUUUCAACCCAAACUGAAAUUACAAAUUAAAAAAUUACUUAAUUCAUAUUAUCUCACCAAUUCAGAAAUUUUCCAGGAGUGGGCUAAAUUAUUUUCCAUAUCAUUUCAAUAUAUUGAACUUAAAGAAUCUAAUCAAGUUGUCAAUGAAGAAGAGUAUUAUAAUAAAGCCAUGCAUAUUAUUAAAGAUAUUGACAUUUUAAUAGAGAAGUAUGGAGAUGAUAAUUUUAUAGAUUUUCUUAAAAAAUAA